AUGAGGCGAAGAAAGAAUCCACAUCCGAAAAGAGCGGUGAACGCGAGGACGGUUUUGAAGGGAGAGAAAGAAGAGAAAGAAGAACCUUUGGUGUUGUGCUCGAGGAUUCCUGACGAGGAGGAUGAUCUCGAGGUGAAUCAUCAUCAGAUACGAAAAGAAGAAGAAGAAGAGGGAGAAGAAGAAGAAGAGGGAGAAGAAGAAGAAGAAGAAGAAGAAGAAGAAGAAGAGGGAGAAGAAGAAGAAGAAGAAGAAGAAGAAGAAGAAGAAGAAGAAGAAGAAGAAGAAGAAGAAGAAGAAGAAGAAGAGGUAACUGUUAGGAAAGGAGCGAAGAGAAAGAGAGGGCACGAGUGCGAUGUUUGCGGGAAGAUGUUUGCAAAACCAUCACAUUUGGCCACACACAUGCGCAUUCACACGAACGAGAAACCGUAUAAAUGUGAUGUGUGCGAGAAGCGUUUUACUCAAUCUGGUAGUUUGAAAAUCCACAUGCGUAUUCACACGAACGAGAAACCGUACGAGUGUGAUGUUUGUGAUAAAGCUUUUCGUCAACCUGGUCAUUUGGAAACCCACAUGCGUAUUCACACGAACGAGAAACCGUACGAAUGUGAUGUGUGCGAGAAACGUUUUACUCAACCUGGUAAUUUGAAAAAGCACAAGCGUAUUCACACGAACGAGAGACCGUACGAGUGUGAUGUUUGUGAUAAAGCUUUUCGUCGAUCUGAUGUUUUGAAAACGCACAAGCGCACUCAUCAUCAUUAA